AUGUUGGUUCGCCCAUCGACUUCCCGUCUUAUCGAUCCACUCUGGUUGUUGCAUUCACGCCCGUGUCACCCGAUCCUCGCGCCGACUUGGCCCGUUCGCAGCCCCGACCGCGGAGCACGCACGAGCACGAGCACCACGAGCACCACGAGCACCACGAGCACCACGGGCACCACGACCCGCCCCAUCUCGAGCCAUUCAUCGCCAUCGAAUCCCAUCAUGGCGACUCAUCAGCCUGCCCUCCAGGACUCGGAUGUCUACCAGGCCACCGACGAUCCACAAGACGACAUUUCUCCUGCCCUCGCACCUCCAGCCUCAGCGACGCGUGAGUCUUACACCCCCACUUGGAAGAGCGAGACGGCCCGGGACCGAGCGACCCGAUUAUCUCACCUGCGAUCCCAACAGAACAAACACCAGAUGUUCCCCACGGAUUUGUCGUGCACCGAGAAUCCACCACCUCGAUCCUCUUCGCUGUUCCUUCCGCGACCACGCCGACGACCACAAUUGCCGCUGCCUCGACUUCACCCUCUUCCACCGCCGCAUCCGUCGCGACCGUCGCCCCCGUAUUCCUCAAUCCCGUGCAAGAGUACAACCGCGAUCUUUCCGUCGUCGCGAUCCGCACCUGGUCCGAGAUGAGACAAACCGAGAAGCAAAAGUAUUGGGAGGUCGGCGUUAGGAACAAGUGGACCAAGAAGAAUCGCUCCCGGCUCGACAAGCGCCAAGAAACCGGCAAGCAAGACCAAGCUGCCCAGGGAGGUGAUAGGAAGAAGCGCAAGAUGCCAGAUGGUAAAGCACAAGCAGUCGACCCUUCUACGGAGCCCGAGGCUUCGACGUCUAUCGCCGACGAGCCGGUCAAAGAAUUCCGCAUCGCCAACUACCCGACCUUCAAGUUCACCCUGCUUGAGGCCCUGUCCGCAACCGGCCUUCGUGCGAUCCGUUACGCCAAAGAGAUCCCGCUGCUCAAGUAUGUUGUUGCAAACGACCUCUCUUCUUCGGCUGUGGAGGACAUCGAGCGAAACAUUGCAUGGAAUGGGCUCAAACCGGCGCAACCCGAACCAGCCUCGGCCGAAGUAAUUGCUACACCAUCAACCGGAAAGCCGAAAGACGAGGUGGAAAGGCUAGGCAAGGUCAGGGCGAACCAUGACGACGCGUGGUAAGAGGUCUCCUUGCUCAUCGGAUUUGAUUGGUGCUGACUGAGAUGCGGAGGACUGACCUUUUUUCUUCCAUCUAGCGACCUCAUGUACAGACACCGUUCGGAAUCCACACGCUUUGAUUGUGUCGAUUUGGAUCCAUACGGCAGUGCGGUGCCUUUCCUGGACGCAGCCGUCGGAGCCGUUGCCGACGGUGGUCAGUUCUUUGAGGGGGGAAAGAGUUGAAGAAAGCUGUAAAGUUCUACCCGCAGGCAAGCUGAUUUUGACCAAUACGGUCCUAUUCAUCCUCUACCUCAGGGUUGCUGUGCAUCACAUGCACCGAUAUGGGUGUGCUCGCGGGACACAACUAUCCCGAGAAAGCGCAAGUUCUUUUAGCCGCAUUACCGACGAUCUCGAGGCAAACUUCUCCUUCUGACCACGCGCCUCCCCGCCUUGCUCCACAUAUCACAGCUUCACACAUUAUGGUGGCGUGUGCGUCAAUACUGAGUACUCUCACGAAGUUGUGAGCUCGUCUCCUGUGCGCCCACGAAGAAAAUGUGUUACGCUCGACUGACCCUAUCAAACCAAGCAGGCACUCCGACUGGUCCUGCACUCGAUCGCUACGACAGCAGCCCGCUACGGUCGUUACAUCGAGCCCUUGCUUUCGUUGAGCAUCGACUUUUACGUCCGCCUCUUCAUCCGGGUUGACACAGGACCCAAGGAGGUCAAGGCGCUGCCAUCGUGAGUGAAGACUUGCUUUAUGGGACGGCCCGAAGGUGACCUCCACUGACUUGACUGAAUUUACUGGCAGAAAAACGUCGCUCCUCUACUACUGCCACCACUGCCAGACGCCGCACUUCCAACCCAUGGGGAGGACUGCCGAGAAAAUAGGGAAAUCGGGCGCAACGAACACAACUUACCAUGCCGCUUCUGGACCGCCGCCGGGCGUCGGUGAAACCUGUGGGCAAUGUGGAGGGAGGUUCAGCGUGAGUGUCCCGUCUUUGACCGGCCGACUCUCCCUGUGUCGAUCCGAUGCUGACUAGACUUGCUCAUACGAACAGAUCGGCGGCCCAAUGUGGUCUGCGCCGAUCCACUCACAAUCGUUCAUCACUGCCAUGCUCGGACAACUCGAAGCGCACCCAACAGAUUUCAACACGGCUACUCGCAUCCAGGGCAUGUUGACCAUCGCAAAAUCCGAGGUCCCCGAUGGGCCGUUGUACUUUUCACCCACAAAAGUGUGCGGCUUCUUUCAUUGCCAGAGUCCGCCGAUGAAUCUGAUGGCGUGAGUUCCCGGAAACGUGAAUCUUGAGUUCUUCAGUUUCAUUGACGGUGACGCGCUCAUCUUCCUCUAUGCUGAUCGGCCUCUACAGUUCGGCGCUGCUCAAUGCCGGUUACCAAGUCUCUCGCUCGCACGCUUUCCCCGGUUCGAUGAAGACGUCGGCCCCCCGGGACUUUGUCUUCGACGUCAUAAGAGAAUGGAUCAAGUCGAAUCCGGUCAACAUGAAGAACGUCAAGGAGGGCAGCCCCGCCAAUACGCUAUUGGCCAGGACACAACGGUGCGUUGCCUACCACCGCAUCACGUGUCCAGGAGAUGAUAAACAAACCUUUGGCAUUGCGUCACAGAUACAACGUCGAUUUGACACCUCAUCCGGACGUGGCGAAGCAUAUGCUCUCGGAUCUCAAAUUGGUCAAAUACCAGAUGAACCCGCAGGCGAAUUGGGGACCUGCGAAAGCUGCAGUCAAGGGGAAAAAGGCAUAA